CACUUCAAAAUAAAACGGCAGUAUGCAAAGUCAGACAGAACUGACAAAACAACCAAAAAAAAAAUUUGAAAUUUAAAAAAAACUCAAACAAGUUUUAAGUAUUAAGAUAUUAAUCAGUGAGAGUGAAAUCUAAUCUAAAAAUACAGAAAAGCGAAAUCAAACAAAACAAAUUGGCGUUAUGGAUCGGACUUUAAAUCACAAAGUAUGAUGAUAAGAUCAAAAACAAAAUUAUUGCCUAUAAUGGCAAAUAGCACUUCCGGCCGGUUGCUAAUGCCUGCCACAUCCGCUUUAGGUUCCUUAUUCAAAAAUCUACUAUGUCUUAUAAUUGGAUUUAGUAUUGGCAUAUAUUUCACCACUAUGUGGUUGAACGGUAAAACAUUGUCGCUAAAACCCUUAGGGACCACUAGUGGGGAGCUGCAAACCUCUACCUGGUCAAUUGCAGAAGUUGAUAGCCUAAACACCAGCAGCGAAGAAGAACCGGCAGAUCUGGUGCAGCAUUUGUUUAAUAGCACUCGUGUUCUGUGCUGGAUUAUGACAAAUCCCAAUAAUCAUCAAACCAAGGCCAUACACAUACUUCGCACUUGGGGACGAAGGUGCCAUAAAUUACUCUUCAUGAGCUCGCAAGAGGAUGAGCAGUUGCACACAAUACCGCUGCCCGUUGAAGAAGGUCGCCAACAUUUGUGGGAUAAAACAAAUCUGGCAUUGAAAUAUAUUUACGAUCAUCAUUUCAAUGAUGCUGAAUGGUUUUUGAAGGCCGACGAUGAUACAUAUGUCAUAAUGGAGAAUCUACGUUAUUUCCUUUACCCUUAUCCUCCUGAAGCUCCCAUAUACUUUGGUUGCAAAUUAAUGCAGUUUGUGCGGCAGGGUUAUAUGUCUGGAGGAGCGGGUUAUGUAUUGAGUAAAAGUGCCCUGGAACAAUUUGCAACCAAAGCCUUUAACAAUAACCAAGUGUGUAAUAACACCUACAAAGAGGAAGACCUACAGUUGGGCGAAUGCUUGGCAAAUAUUGGUGUUAUGGCUGGUGAUUCACGUGAUGCAGAGGGCAAGGAACGUUUUAUACCGCUUAGACCAAGAGAUAUAAUACCCUAUAGUAAAUCUAACUGGUAUCCUAAAUUGGUAUAUAGUACGCCAAAUGAAAAUGUAACCUGCUGUUCAGAUCAUGCCAUAUCUUUUCAUUACAUAGAGCCUAAUUACUUCUAUGUGAUGGAAUAUUUGUUAUAUUCUUUAAGGCCCUUUGGUAUCUUCGAUAAUCUAUCACUGAGUUUACCACAAAAGAUCAGCAUUUCCCAGCUUAAUGCUGAAAAUGAACACUACGUGCUGCCAUUAUCAUCUCCACCAACAUCAUAGUUUAUAGUAGAAAAUCAUAAUAUCAAUAGUUAAAUAAAAAAAUUUGUUAUCUGUUUUAAAAGUC